AACUAGCAAAUGCACGGUGAUGGAUUACCCCCCGCCUAAAAAAAAAGUUUUAAACCGCUGUAAUAUUACUUGCAAGUCGGAACAUUUCAUUUAGUAAUUCGUUAGUGUACCACUAGAUGGCGUUAACGUACCACAUUUUAAGAAUCACUGCUUUAGACUGCGAUACACCAGAUUUUGGGAAAAGUAUGCCCGCUACUACUAUUAUUUAGAGUUAAUAUAAUUUUAUUUAAUGUAGAUAAAAAUGCAUUUGGCAUCAUAUUCAUCGUUAAAUAAAAAUGACUUUUUAAUUCUUAGUCUUCUUAGUAUUUUCCUUAUUUGAUUCAUUAGCAUAAUUAAAUUGUCAAUAAUAAAAUAUACACAAAUGUACACAUCUGGUGUUUUUAUUACAGGUGUAUUCAUGAUAGUUGUGUAUUAGUAAUACUUUAUUAGCAUAAUUAUUUUUUUAAACUAUUUUGAUAUCCAAAUGAAAAGUAACUUUUUAAAAGCCAUUUUUAUUUCCCCAAAAUAUAUUUUACAUGCAUGUUUGUAACUCGCCCUGGCCCAUCUGCCCAUUGAAAAUAUCAAAUAUGGCCACGAUUUUCCCACUUGUAAUUUUGGUGGCCAAGUCUUCCCCGCAGUGGUGAUGUGCCGCAACUGCAGCUCCCAGAUUUCUCAAUUAAAAAACUGACAAUAUUUUUUUGAACAAGAUGAAGAAUUCGGACUCGUUGCUUGGGUUUUGCUACCAUGACAACUAAGAGGAGAGCUGGGGUGUUGCGAGGAAGCCAGCUGCGAUUCAAUGUUGCCAGUUUAGCCAAGUUACAUUUUUUUUAUUAAAAAAAAAAAAAAAAAAACAGCAACAAAGCGAUGUCAUCCACUGGCUAAUUUACUUUUAGAAACUAUCAAACGUAUAGGAUUUUAUAUUUUAGUUUUUUUUUCCCCCUAUUUAAUUGUGAUGCUAGUAGUUUUUUUUUUAGUUUUUUUUUUUCAUGCUUUGGGAUCAGGAAAAAAAAAAUGUACCACAAAGAACAGUUCAAUUGGUUUGAUUAAAAUUUCCUGAGGACCAUGAACUAGAAAACUCAACAGACAGAAAAGGGGUUGAGGUUCUAUAAACGCCCCUAUAUUGAUGAGAAAUUUGGCAAAUUUCAACUACAAUAUUCCCAGAAUUCCUCAGGUGAAUUUGACCAUGUAGUUCUACUAGUAACAACGUGGAAAUCUACUGAAGAUUACAGCAUGCAUACUCAUUAUUACAUGAAUAUUAUCCUAAAUUUCGAGUAGUAAAUUAUUAUUAUUUUUGCAGUGACAUUGCGGUUCAAGUGAAGGUAAGCUAUCCGUUGGAACGGGGGCAGGUCGAGCCGGCUGCUCCCCCGCUGAGUGGCGUCGUCGGGCGGCUGUCAGCUCUCGGCUCAUCUCGCUGUGGAUUGUGGGAGUCGACGGAGCAACAGACGAAGCGACGGAGCUUACGUCGUCACUCACCGGGAGAUAUUUGACGCCCUUUCGCCUUUUUAGUUCACCGAGAGAGAGCCGAGCGAAGGCCGAAUUGAAGAGCUCUCCCACGGGCAAGAAGGGCCGGCGAGCCGCCGCCGAGCGUCGCCGUCAAUCGGGCUGCCGACAAUGUCGCGGGGAAACGCUUCUUCGACGGCGGAGCGUGAAUGUCGUCGCGGCGGCCCGAGGCCCCCACGAGCGGCACCCCGCCUGUCGCCAAGCAUGUCGAGUCGAGGAGGCAAGAAGAAGCUGACCAAGACGUCGCGCUCCACCAAAGCGGGCGUCAUCUUCCCGGUGGGCCGCAUGCUGCGCUACAUCAAGCGCGGCCUGCCCAAGUACCGCAUCGGCGUGGGCGCGCCCGUCUACCUGGCGGCUGUUCUCGAGUACCUGACCGCCGAAAUCCUGGAGCUGGCGGGCAACGCGGCCCGAGACAACAAGAAGGGACGCGUCACGCCGCGCCACAUCCUGCUCGCCAUCGCCAACGAUGAGGAACUCAACCAGCUCCUGAAGGGCGUGACCAUUGCGGCGGGCGGCGUCCUGCCCAACAUCCACCCCGAGCUCUUGGCCAAGAAGCGCGGCGCCAAAGGCAAGCUGGAAACGCCCCUCUCGCCCGCCCCGGAGAAGAAGGCCAAGCCGGCCAAGAAGACGCCGAGCAAGAAGACGAGCGGCAAGAAGGGCGCCGGCAGGGCCAAGGUACGCCGGCGGCGUUGGCGGUCGCCCCGGGGACGUUCUGACGUUUUUGCCGCUCUGCAGAAACAGGGCGAGGCCAGCAAGACGGCGUCGGCGGACAGCACCACCGAGGGCUCGCCGGCCGACAGCUUCACCGUGUUGUCCACCAAGAGCCUCUUCCUGGGUCAAAAACUCAACCUCAUCCACAGCGAGGUCAGUAACUUGGCCGGCUUUGACGUGGAGGGGGUCAUCAACCCCACAAACGCCGAAAUUGAGCUAAAAGACGAUCUAGGUUCUGCCCUAGAAAAGAAGGGCGGCAAGGAGUUAGUUGAAGCGGUUCUGGAAAUGAAGAAAAAGAACGGGCCCCUCGUUGUGGCGGGAGCGGUGUUAACCGCCGGCUUCGGCCUCCCCGCCAAAUACGUGAUUCACUGCAACAGUCCGGUGUGGGGCUCGGACAAGUGCGAGGAGAUGCUGGAAAAGACGGUGAAGAACUGCCUGGGCCUGGCCGACGAGAAAAAGCUCAAGUCGGUGGCCUUCCCGUCCAUCGGCAGCGGAAGGAACGGCUUUCCGAAGCAGACGGCGGCCCAGGUGAUCCUGAAGGCCAUCUCCAGCUACUUCGUGGCCACCAUGUCGUCCACCAUCAAGACGGUUUACUUCGUGCUGUUCGACAGCGAGAGCAUCGGCAUCUACGUGCAGGAAAUGGCCAAGCUGGAGGCCAGCUAGAAGCUUCGCUCAUCUUUCGUAGCGAGACGAAUCUUUCGAAACGGCCGGGAACUUGGGUUUUUUUUUUUUGUUUUUUUUUGCAUUACAUUUGUAUUCUUUCCUAUGUGGGUUUUUGUUUCCCAACAAAUUAUUUUCCAAACAAAGUUGCGCACUGAGUUGACCUUUUCACGCAAACAGUGUCAAACAAAUAAAAGGUUGAAUUUUUCUGUCAAGGGAAAAAAAAAAA